CCCAACUUAUAACCCAGCAGCAGGUUCCUUCCUGCCCAUUUGGCAUCCAGUGCUAUUUAGUAACAGGAGAUGAGUGACUGAACGCUUUCCUCUUGUCUCACCAAGUAGCUGUUUGUUGCUCUAAAGUAACUGGAGAAAAGGAGAAGCAACAGGAAACAAGAGGUGCUUUUCUUCUCACUGUAUUCAGGACCCCCCUGCUAUUGCUUCCUCAUUUUGAGCAUCAGUAAAGAAGAGGAGAUGAACAUCUUUCCAUCUAGGACGCAGGAAAAAUCUGAAGUCCGGAUCAUUCAAACCCUCACACAGGGUGAACAAGCAGCUGUUGCUUCUAGAAAAGAAACGGUGAAGAAAUGCCUUGCCAAGCUUGGGAUUCCACAUGAUGUGGACAAAACCCCAAAUAUUGCUGUCCUGGGGUCAGGAGGAGGACUGAGGGCCAUGAUUGCCCUUUAUGGGACAUUGACGGAGCUGAAGAAAUAUGAUCUCCUGGACUGUAUUAUGUACUUGGUUGGGGUAUCAGGUUCAACCUGGUGCAUGUCAGCUCUCUACAAAAAUGAAGACUGGGCUGAAAAAGUAGAGGCCUUGGAAAAACUUCAGAAGGAAACACUUGUAAAUGGCAAAUGGGAUUUGAAGAAGGCAACAGAAGCUGCAUUGGAGGCCUCAAAAGAUGAACAUUACUCCUUGACUGAUUUCUGGUCCUAUUUUAUUGUGUAUAAAAUGCUAAAGGAGCUUGAUGAACGCAACUUGACUGAACACAAGAGAUCAUGUGAGAAUGGGAAAAAUCCUUAUCCCAUCUAUGCAGCUGUGGACAAGCACAGAUACGAAGGACACCACGUAGGCAGCUGGUUUGAAUUUACCCCACACGAUGCAGGGGCUCCUGGCGUAGGUGGGGGUCACAGUACAGCAGGAUAUGUCGAAACCAAACUCUUUGGAAGUCUGUUUAGAAAUGGAGAACUAAGCAAGAAGAAAAAGGAGAAAGAUAUUACCUACCUUCAAGGUUUAUGGGGAAGUGCUCUUGCAAGCGAGCGAGAAAUUAAGAAGGAAAUCCUUGGUGCUUUACUGGAUUUGCUAAAAAAGGACAAAGAAGCUUAUUUUAAAGCCCGUGAAUUGAAUCCAGAGUACCAGGCACUUAGUUUUCUUUGCAAGGCUUAUGAGUAUAUUUUGGAGUUGCAACUGUCUAUAUUAGAUGCUUCAGCAGCAGCAGCAACUGGAUUUUUUGACCUUUUAGAGAACCUCCUGAAAGUCCAUAGUACCAGCAAAAGCUAUAAGGCGCUCAAAGAGAUGCGUCAGUCCUGGACGACAGCAGAUGAAAAGGCAAAAGAGGAAGCAUGUUUGAAACUGUGGGAAGCUUUGCAUGAUGAUUUUGGAGGAGUUAUAAAAGUGAUAUCUAUCAGCCCUUUUCAAGCCAUUAAAAACUGGAUCAUGCUCAUCCACAAAACCAAUGUAUGUAUUCUGAAGUGGACUUGGGGAAGCACCGAUAACUUCUUUCACAACGACCCCGAUGUUAAAGUCCCAGCGCUGAAAGGGAAAGAUGUCGUGUCCCUGAUUGAUGCUGGCCUGGCAAUAAAUACUGCUUACCCACUUAUUCUCUACCCUGAGAGAAAUGUGAAGCUGAUCCUGUCUUUUGACUUCAGUUCUGGGGACCCUUUUGAGACCAUCACAAAAGCUGCAGAGUACUGCAAAGUCAAUGGAAUCAAAUUUCCCAAGAUAGAUGAGAAAGAUCAGCAAGAGAAAGACAACCCGUUGGAUUGCUAUAUCUUCAAAGGAGAGGGCCUAACUAUCAUGCAUUUCCCACUAUUCAAUAGAGUCAACUGCCCAGGUAAGAUUGAUGAAUACGCUUCAACGUUUAAAACCUUCAAGUUGAAGUACUCGGAUGAAGAAAUUGAAAAGCUACUCACUGCAGCGAAGAUGAAUGUAGCAAAUAAUCAUCAAAAGAUUCUGGGUGAGAUCAAGGAUAUUAUGGGUUCUCCUCAAAGGCCUUAAUCAAAUAUUAUAGGCCUUCUAACUUGUGCUGAGCCUCAAAGAGCUGGCUCUCCUCGUGAGAUUUUGUUUGUUUGGAGAACUUAAAAUCACUUUUGGGUAUUGGUUGGGUGCAAAACUGUAAUGUCUGCAUUAAAUAUAAAACAUGCUCAGGAAGAAUUCCUUUCCUUUUUGAAUGUGUGUUUCAAGCAUUGUCUGUUUAUACAUAGGUGACUCUCUGCUUCAAGAAUGUGGAACUUUGACCCUCCAGAUGUUGUUUGGACCGCAACUUCCAGCAUAUCUGAUCAUUGGUCAUGCAACCUGAGGCUGAUCAGAGUUGGAGUCCAACAACAUCUGGAGGGCCACAGGUUCAUCAUGCCUGGUCUAGAUGGUAUAGUACUAAUAAUGAAAAAUAUAACAAUGAUUAUGAUAAAAAAUAACAUGUAUAAUACUGUCAACGAAACAAGUUCAUAUUGCAUAUCAUUGUAGAUAUAACACUCUCUGGAUAAUGUGUUAUAUGGAUUAAAUAGAAUGACUAUGGUCCAAAGGAACUCUUUCCCUCCUAUUUUUUUGUUUGUUUGUUUAUGAGGUGCUUUUAAUUGUUCUGUAUAUUACACAGCUUUCUACAUGGUGUAGUGCUAAGAGUGAUAAGUAUAAGGCAAGAUUCAGAUUAAGUUACUUCCGUCCCACUGAAGUUGCAGCUAACUUGUCCCAUUGAUUUCUAUUGGAGAAGAGCACAUAGGGAGCUGCCUAAUUCUGUAUCAAAUCAUUGGUCCAUUUUUGCUCAGUGUUGGUUAUACUGACUGACACUGGCUGUCCAAGAUUUCAGACCAGGAUUUUUCCCAGCCCUUUCUGGAACUGUCAGAGAUUGAACCUGCAGGCAACAUGCAUGCUCUUCCACCCCCAAUUAAAUCUAUCAUAAAUAUGUGAUAUACAAGGAAAGUUUUGCAAAGGAAAACAACCUCACUGGAAUCCAUAGCUUCUCAAGAAAACAAGCCCUCUCUGAAAGAUGAGACAUCCAGUCAAAGUAUGAAUAAAAUGAAGAAACAAAAUAAGACCACUAUAAUGAAUGUAAUAUGUGGAAUGUAAUUAAUCUAAUAAAGAUAGCACCUAAAUGUU